AUUAACACAAAUGUCUAAUAGGAUAAAAUGAUGACGUAAUGGCAUUUCAUAUCCAAAAGGUCAAAGGUCAGCUUCACUGUGACAUCACUGAACACUUCUUUUCAUUAUUCAACACUAUAACUCAAAAACAAAAAGAGAUUGUCACCAUAUUCCUGCAACGUAGCAUACAACCACAAGUUGGUAAUUGUAGUUUAGUAUUGUGUUAGCAAGCAAGUAAGAAAACUUAAGUAAUGUACUUCUUACAACAAAAGUUACAAACUGCUUUAGAGGAAAAUGAAAUGAGAUCAGACAGAGAAAACAAAAUACAAGGAAACGUGUAUAAUCGAUAAAGUUAUAAAACAUCUAGAGGAGCCAGCAGCAAAUUGACAGUAAUUUUGAUGCCUGAAAUCGUUACGUAUUAUGUGUUUUUUUCCAGAAUUAAAUUCAUAUUUAAAAGGAAGACCCACCUCUGAAGCAGCAUAUAGACCAUCAUGUGUGACUGAAAGUUAUGAUUGUCUCACUAUUAGCUGCUCUGUGGUGAUCAUCUAUACUGUUAAACAAAAGCCAAAACAUUGGAUUGAAGUUGUUCUUUUCCAACCAGUACUAAAAAUGGAUGAUACUCCUCUUCAUAGCAUUAUCCUGCUCUAGUUAUGCUGAGACUGCUCAAUGCUGAGCUCCAUUGAGAAUAGGUUUAAAGGGGUUGAAUGCCUUCUGCUGAGGCAAGGCAUCUAACGACCACUCUUUACAUGCCCUCUGGCGCGGCCCGCUGGCCUUUGUGUCACCCAACAAUGAUGGCACCGCAGCACCACAGCCAGGGAGAGAUCAUUGUUCAGUACGACCAAUGGGAACGCAACAAAUAGACGUUUAUGUGAUGUGUGAGUUUCUGUGCAUAUGCGUGUGUGUAUGUGCAUGGUAACGCAAAGGUGAAUACAUGUGGAGUGAAUGUUUCUUUCACAUCAAGCCUUUGCAUCUACUCUGUGACGAAGGGAAGGGGGACGUCACACAAAGAAAGAGCCAAUCAGACAUUAGCUGUUUGGAUUUAUGCCAGGGUUUUUACGCUUGUAAGACUUUAGUACAAGUGGCAAAAGCCAGUUUUUUAAAAAAAAAAAGUCAGCUGAGACGAGAUGCCCUAUACACCGUCUGGCUUUUUCUGCGACCGGCUGAUCCGGGAACGAGAGAGGAGAGACGGGGAAGGGUCUCUGAACAAGCCCCUCCGCUUCAACGGCCAGGACUUCAACACCCUGAGACAGGAGUACCUUCAGAGGAAGAACCUGUUUGAGGAUGAAUCUUUCCCAGCCACUGUGGAGUCUUUGGGCUUCAAGGAGCUCGGACACAAGUCCAACAAGGUCAAGAACAUCGUCUGGAAGAGGCCCAAGGAAAUCUGUGAGAAUCCUCAGUUCAUUGUUGGAGGAGCCAGUAGGACAGACAUCUGCCAGGGAGAUCUUGGUGACUGCUGGUUGCUGGCUGCCAUCGCCUGUCUCACCCUGAAUGAGAAGCUUCUCUACCGUGUUGUUCCUCAGGAGCAAAGCUUCUCAGAGGGCUAUGCCGGCAUCUUCCACUUCCAGUUCUGGCGUUAUGGCGACUGGGUCGAUGUCGUUAUUGACGACCGCAUCCCCACCUUCAACAACCAGCUGGUCUUCACCAAGUCCGCCGAGAGGAACGAGUUCUGGAGUGCCCUGCUGGAGAAGGCCUACGCCAAGCUGCAUGGCUCCUACGAGGCCCUGAAGGGUGGAAACACCACCGAGGCCAUGGAAGAUUUCACUGGUGGAGUCACUGAAUUCUAUGAGAUGAAGGAAGCUCCCAAAGAGCUCUACAAGAUCAUGAAGAAAGCUCUGGAGAGAGGCUCCCUCAUGGGAUGCUCUAUUGAUUCCCUGGUUCCUGCUCGCUUUGAGACUCGCACUGUGACGGGACUUGUGAAGGGUCAUGCCUACUCUGUGACGGCAGUGGAAGAGUGUAAACCAUCUCAGCACAAGGAGUCUAAAGUUCGUCUGGUGCGUCUCAGGAACCCAUGGGGUCAAGUGGAAUGGAACGGACCCUGGAGUGACAACUCUAAGGAGUGGGCCACACUGUCAAAGGCUGAAAAAGAGAAGCUACAGCACCAGAGCGCUGAGGAUGGAGAGUUCUGGAUGUCAUUCGAGGAUUUCAAGAAGAACUACACCAAGAUCGAGAUCUGUAACCUCACCCCUGAUGCCCUGGAGGACGAUAAGAUCCACAAGUGGACGGUUUCUGUGAACGAGGGCCGCUGGGUGAGAGGCUGCUCCGCCGGAGGCUGCAGGAAUUACCCAGACACUUUCUGGACCAACCCUCAGUACCGCCUCCGUUUGCUGGAGGAGGACGAUGAUCCCGAGGAAAACGAUGUGGGCUGCACCUUCGUGGUGGCUCUGAUGCAGAAGAACAGGCGGAAAGAGCGGAAGAUGGGAGCCAACCUCUUCACCAUCGGAUUCGCUAUUUACGAGGUGCCUGGUUUGAUGCAUGGGAACAAGCAGCACAUGCAGAAGGACUUCUUCCUGUUCAACUCCUCCAAGGCUCGCUGCAAGUCCUACAUCAACCUGCGCGAAGUGACCCAGCGCUUCUGCCUGAGCCCCGGAGAGUACGUCAUCGUCCCCUCCACGUACGAGCCGCACCAGGAGGGAGAGUUCAUCCUGCGAGUUUUCUCUGAAAAGAAGAACACCUCAGAGGAGAUAGAGAACAGGAUCGAGGCUGACCAUCCAGUGCCGGCGCCAGCCUCAGCGGGGGAAGAGAGCGAGGAGGAUCAGCAGUUCAGGACUAUUUUUCAGGAGAUAGCUGGAGAUGACAUGGAAAUCACAGCCAACGAACUGAAAAAUGUUCUCAACAGAGUGAUCACCAAACAUAAGGACCUGAACACAGAGGGCUUCAGUCUGGAGAGCUGCAGGAGCAUGAUUGCUCUGAUGGACAUGGAUGGGACAGGUCGACUCAAUCUUCAGGAGUUCAGACAUCUGUGGAAUAAGAUCAAACAAUGGCAGGGAAUCUUUAAACACUAUAACGCUGACCAGUCUGGUAGCAUCAACAGUUACGAGAUGAGGAAUGCCGUCAAUGAUGCAGGCUUCCGUCUCAACAACCAGCUGUACGACAUCAUCACCAUGCGCUACGCAAACGAGAACAUGAACAUCGACUUUGACAGCUUCAUCAGCUGUCUGGUUCGACUCGAAGCCAUGUUCAGGGCGUUCCAGGCCUUUGACCAGGACGGAGAUGGUACAAUCAGACUCAGUGUCCUGGAGUGGCUCCAGUUGACCAUGUACGCCUAGAAAGGCCCAUCUUCUCCCAGGUGAGCUCCACUCCACACGAGGACCAGACCUGCCAGCCUUUACCUCAAUAUUCAGUGUGCCCGACCGCCAUUAGCGCUCAUCCACCUCACCUCCAGCCUUAACGCCCCUGAGUCCCAACAGCUCUGCUCUUUCUACUCCAAAAUGUUCCACAAGCUUCUUCCAUUUUAUCUUUUCCAUUUCUCUCUUUCUACAGUAGGUCUCAGACCUUUUUUUGCAUUUCCUUCUCUUCCUUUGUCCUCCCAUUAUCAUCAAAAUAUCAGUCUUCUUUCAGUUAUCAGCUUUGUUUUUUUUUUUUUUUUUAAAUACACACCCUAACCUUGUACCGUACUUUUCUCAGGCAUCAAACACACACAACCUCCUUUUUUUCUGUCACAAUACCUCACAGUAACUCAGUAAUCUGUACUAGUUUACUGUUCAUCUCUCUUGACUGAUAUCUGCUUCUUUAACCAUCCCCCCUCCCGUCUUAUCUACUUCCUCUCCUUCUGUUAUAAACUGAGCGCAAAGGCAUUUUUCCUGUAUCCAUUCCAGUGAACUGGGCUCUCUGGUGGACAAUGAAUAAACUUGUGAAUCACUCCUACACCUGUUACAUUUCUGAUAACAAUUUCUAACAGAUUUCUGGGCCUCCUAAACAAACUCUGCCCUGACCCUGUUUUAUUGUUGUCAAUAAAAUAAUACUCCUGGAUUUAUUGUUGGCCUAGAGUAAUACGUUAGUGUGUUUCACCCCCACUAGCAACUAAUUCUGGGUAUGAGCCGUCUUGUGUGCUCCAGCCCUGUGGAUAGCGCUCCCUGGUGGACAAACUCAGGCUUCUUCUGUUCAUCCAGCUACAAUGAAUUCAACCUUUCCACCCCCAAUGGCAACUGUCCAGUCUGCCAGUCAUUCAGCUCUGCAUGUGGACAGAUGAGACUCAAAAACAAAACUGUGGAGCCGACAAGUUUUUUUUUCUUAUUUGAUUUGAAAGAAUAUGGCUGAGGGGUUGGACUGCAGAUUUUUGUGAUUUUUUUCCUAUUAAGGCUUUGGUCUAAUGAGUGUACUGCAUUUUUAACCAUUUUAAGCAAAUAAAUAAAUAAAUGUGUAGUUAUUGGUUUGACUGCGUUACCAGUAGUUUUGAUGUGAAAUUGUGGUAUUUUCUGAUCUUAAAAUGUGAUUCAUAUUUUGGCAAAAACACCAUAAAGAAGACACAGAAAACUGUUCUAUAACGUUGCAAUAUUUUUUUUAUUAUUAAUUACAAUUUCUUAGAUUGCACUUCCAUAAAAAAUAUCUUGUCACAACUUUGAUAAAAGAAGAAACUCAGGAAUGCCAGGUAAGAGGUGAACUGCACGCUUUCCUCAGUUGUAAAUAACUAAUGGGUGAGGAGAGUUUGGAAGAUGGCGGCCAUGAGAACGUCAGGUUAACAAAUACGACCAAGAGAGCUGAAACCACACAAAGUCUGCCAAAGAGAGCAUCAACUGGGCUUUUACGCUGAUUAAAACUGGUUGAAUAUGCCCUUAUAAAAGUGGCUUUGUGUUACCAACUUGCCUGUGUUUGAGUGUUUGAGGGGGUGAGGUAUGGCAUGGGAGAUGAAUCCUAGUUCUUUCCUUCAAGCUCUUCCAUCAAACACCUCCUCUAAACAUCCUUCACCUCCACACUUCUUUAGAAAACUAUCAUCACUGUGGAAAAACACAGUUCCGGUGCCUUCUCCUCGAUGCUCCAAAUAUAAAAUAAAUUUAAAAAAAACAAAAACAAAAAAAAAACAGCUAUUUGCGAGGAGGAAAUCGCAUUAUA